AUGAGCUACUACGGCAGCUACUACGGAGGCCGCGGCUACGGCUGGGGCGGCUUUGGUGGCCUGGGCUAUGGCUAUGGCUCCGGCUGGGGCUGGGGCGGCCUUGGUGGCCUGGGCUGUGGCUAUGGCUACAGGAGGAAUAAACUCCACGUGGAUAAGGGGCUGAAAGAGAAGUCGCAAAACCGUAAAAUCCGUAGACGACACGGCGGUAAGAUCUCCGACGUGCUUGACCACACGCCUCCUAGGAAACACACUCCCCCUGACACCAUGAGCUACUACGGCAGCUACUACGGAGGCCGCGGCUACGGCUGGGGUGGCCUUGGCUAUGGCUAUGGCUCUGGCUGGGGCUGGGGCGGCCUUGGUGGCCUGGGCUGUAGCUAUGGCUACAGAAGCUAUGGCUGCUGGCGUCCGUGCUGCUGUGGGGGAUACGGAUACUCUGGCUUCUACUGA